AUGUACCUGAUCACUGUGUUUGGAAACCUGCUCAUCAUCCUGGCCAUCAGCUCUGACUCCCACCUCCACACCCCCAUGUACUUCUUCCUCGCCAACCUGUCCUUUGUAGACAUCUGUUUCACCUCUACCACUGUCCCCAAGAUGCUGCUGAACAUCCAGACUCAGAGCAAAGUCAUCACCUAUGCAGGCUGCAUCACACAGAUGUACUUUUUCAUAAUCUUUUCAGGGUUGGACAUCUAUCUCCUGGCUGUGAUGGCUUAUGACCGUUUUGUGGCCAUCUGCCAUCCCCUGCACUACAUGGUCAUCAUGAACCCCCGGCUCUGUGGACUGCUAGUUCUGGUGUCCUGGAUCAUAAUUGUCUCUUUAUUUUAUUGUACAGCCCUAGGAGUGUACCUUAGCUCUGCUGCUCCCCAGAGCUCCUACACAAGUGCAGUGGCCUCAGUGAUGUACACAGUGGUCACACCUAUGCUGAACCCCUUCAUCUACAGCCUGAGGAACAGAAACAUAAAGAGGGCUCUGAUGAAUUCUCUGGGCUGGAAGCUAUCAAAAGGCCAGUUGUCCUAUUGCUGA